AUGAGCUCUUACUUUGUAAACUCGUUCUCAGGGCGCUAUCCAAAUGGCUCCGACUAUCAGUUACUAAAUUAUGGGACUAACGGCGCUGUGAGCGGCUCCUUCAGAGACCCUGGCACCAUGCACUCCGGGUCUUUCGGCUACAACUACAAUGGCAUGGACCUAACCGUGAACCGCACCAACACCGGCAGCCACUUCGGUGCCGUGAGAGAGGAUGCCCGGGGAUUCGGGCCGGACGCCCGGUACAGACAGACACCCAACUGCUCGCUCUCGUCUCCAGAUCCGGUGCCGCCGUCGUGCGCCUCGGCCAGCCGGGAGCCGCUGGAACUAAAAAGCCCCUCUCCCCAGUCUGACCGGGGCACGACCUCGAGCGGCAACACGCUCAACAAAAGCAACAGCGCUCAUUUCACGGAGAUAGAGGACGCCACCGUCGCCUCCGAGACCGAGGAAGGCGCGCACAGCAGCGGCGGCUCCAGCACGGCGACUCGGCACCAGGAACCCAACGCCACCUCCUCUACUCCCACAUCAAAUGAUUGCCAAACACCACAAAUAUUCCCCUGGAUGCGGAAACUGCACAUAAGCCAUGAUAUGACUGGACCUGAUGGGAAAAGGGCCCGAACUGCGUACACCCGCUACCAGACGCUAGAGCUGGAGAAAGAGUUUCACUUCAAUAGGUACCUAACCAGACGGCGGAGGAUAGAGAUAGCCCACGCCCUGUGUCUUUCCGAAAGACAGAUCAAAAUCUGGUUUCAGAACCGCAGGAUGAAGUGGAAGAAGGACAAUAAACUGAAAAGCAUGAGUCUUGUAACAGGAGGCAGCGCCUUCCACAACUGA